CGCACAGCGCCGCCAUCGGCAAAGCCCGCGCCAGGAUUCCCUGCUACUUCCAUGUCGCAUCCUGCGGCGUGCUCCGUCGCGGCCCGAUCCGCGGCCGCGGCGCGAGCCGAGCGAGCCGAGGCUCGCCGGCGGCAGCGCAGCUCCUCUUCGGACUCACUCGACAGCGCGGACGAGGGCGCUGCGGGCGCCGCGGGCUGGGCGCGCGGCCAGUCGAUGGCAGCAGGCGCAGCAUCGUCGGCGGAUGCGGCAGACGCGGCUUCGAUAUCGGUGGCGGCGGGGCCGCUCGAUCCAGGCGCGGCGGCGUCUGGCGCGACGGACGAGGAGGAGUGGGAGGCGGACGCGCCAGACCCGCUCCUGCUCGAGGACCGCAUCAGGCGGGCUCGCGUCGGCCCUCGCCUCCGUUCGGUGGGCCCGCAGCCGGCGAGGGCUCCGCAGCGGCGCGCAGAGCACCUCGAGCCGCCCGCACACGCGUGUGGCUCGGCGGGCGGGCAGUGCGCGUACGGCCACGCGCGAGCUCUGGUUGCGGAGGACGGGCUCGAGCUGUCUGCGGCGGCGCACAGGCCGCCACCGCCGCCGCGGAGACCGGGCGGCGCGUCGGAGCGUGUGUCUGCCCUCGCCGGCAAGUACAGCGCGCUCGCCGAGGAGAGGCGGCAGCAGACGCUGCAGCGGAUCGAGGAGGAGCGGAGGGAGGCGGAGGAGACGCUCGUCACCACCGCGGGCCGGCUGCGGCUGUGGUGGAGAGGCCUGCUAAGGACGCUGUCUGGCACGCCCUCGGCGCCGAGCAAGGAGGAGGUGGACAGCCGCGAGGCGGCGAUGCGGACGCAGCACACGCCCGCGGUUGGCCAGAGCCGGAGCGAGCGGCUGCAGGACGAGCAGUUCCUGAACGGCGUCGUGGAUCUCAUGCGCAACCCGCGCACGGAGGUGGACAUGGCCUUUGAGCUCUUCCGGCCGGACGAGGAGGGGCACAUCUCCGCCGCCGAGCUGCGCCGCAUCUUUUGCGCCUCGGGCGGCGAGCAGCUCGGCGAGGACGAGUUCUCCGCCAUGCUGGCCGACCUUGGCGUGGCCGCGGACGGCGUGAUCCCGUUGCAUGCGCUGCGCAACCACCCGAGCUUUCGCGCUUGAGCCACCGUGGGGCGGAGCCCGCUCGCCCUUUCGGCGUGCCUACGCCGGCUUGCACCGGCGAGCGGCGUACGUGAGACGUUUGGCCGGCGGGUAGUAGGCACACGCGCGCCUCUCUCUUCGACUAGACCCUCGAUGUCUACGGUCUAGCUCGAUUCGCUACCUCUCGCGGUGCGCAGCAUAU